AUGGCGGCGCCCGUCCUGCGAGUGUCCACCCCUCGAUGGGAAAGAAUAGCCAGGCUCCUUGUUUGCGUCUUGGGCAUAUUGUUGUCCUUAUACGCCUUUCAUGUGGAAACUGAAAAGUCUAGAGACUCGAAUUAUCGGGCCAUGUGCGACGUGAGCGAUUCUAUCAGCUGUUCAAAAGUCUUCACCUCCAGGUAAAAUUUUGAAUUCAACAGCGGCGCCGAGUAGCAGCAGCGCUCUGAAUGAGACGGGGCGGUUUUGUGGCAUUGUGGGAACGGCUUUGCCAGCUGAACUGUCAUUUUCUUCCCCGCAUGCGCUCUUUUUUUAAGUACAUUUGCAAUUUCUGUAAAAACUGCAAUGGUUUUCGCCAAAAAAAAACGUACAAAAGUUACAAUCAGAAGCUUGCUUACUAUUGAUAACAAACUUAAGGCUGGCAUGUUUUACUGUAGAAGCUAGUGUAGCUUUUUAGCCAAAUUGCUAACGCUACUUAUUCACCAGCCAGCAACUAACUAGCUAGCUACUAACUGGCUGUUUGUUUGCUAGAUGCCAGGAAGUGGUGUUUUUUCAUUUCAAUGGAUGCACAUUUUACACACUUUGUUUUCCUCCAAACUUCAUUAUAUUGUUAAAUUAGCCAACUACCUAGCUAGCGAAUACGGCGCCACCGCCGGCAGCAAACUAUAUUGGCUAGUUACUAAGUUAGCCUAGCUAGCUAGACGAAAUCGGCGUAACCAUUCAGCCAGUUUUGUGUAACUUGUCUAAACAUGUGUGAAUCAGCUGUCUAAUCUAACGUUACCCAUUAAAUAAGUUGGAUAGUACCUCAAGCACGUUUUCCAAUAUCUAAAACUGAUUUAAAAAGCCAAACGGCAAUGUUAGAAACUAUAGGCUACAUUUGUAUAGGACCAUUAACUAUAUCAAAUAUGGCCCAUGGGGGCCUUGGAUUCCGUCAAUAAGAUUAGUUGAAUUGUCAGCUGUAGCUCAUUUGGUAGAGCAUGGCGCUUGCAACGCCAGGGUUGUGGGUUCGUUUCCCACGGGGGGGCCAGUAUGAAAAAAUGUAUGCACUCAUUAACUGUAAGUCGCUCUGGAUAAAAGCGUCUGCUAAAUGACUAAAAUGUAAUACGUCAAUGACAAUAUGAACAACCUGUUCCUUUAUAUUGGGGAAAUGCAUAUAAUUGUAUAUUGACAAAGCUGAAGUCACAUGACCUGUUUGGAUUUCAUCCUUAGUUCACUUGUCAUGUGCCCUAGUCCACGUGAUUUUAGGGUAGCUACAAGGGUUAUGUGAAAUGCACACUCCUGUUUGAUGUUUAAGGUGGACAGGCAAUGUCAGGUCUCUGGGGGGGAAUACAGGGACGAGAUAUUUCAGACGUGGUGCUGGAGUCAUGAGAACAACACGUGAUGAGACCAUCAGUUUCUCAACCACACACUGCCUGCCGAAGGCCAUCAUGAUGCUUUGAAUAACACCCGACCUAAACCAGUUCAUUUAUAGUGGCAUAAUGUACAAUAUUUUGUCUCAAGAAGGAGCGUUUUUUUUUUUUUUUUUUUUAUAGCAAUGAGAGAAAAGAGACUGGAUGCUCUUGGUCUGUGUGGCAUCUCUGAACUGCAUACAGAGGAACCCAUUUACAUUUUAGUCAUUUAGCAGACGCUAGGGUUAAGUGCCUUGCUCAAGGGGACAUCGACAGAUUUUUCACCUAGUCGGCUCGGGGAUUAGAACCAGCGACCUUUCGGUUACUGGCACAAUGCUCUUAACCACUAAGCUACCUGCCACCCUAUAGGAAAGGAGGCCUAUAGCCUUUACCAUGUAGCAUAACUGCUAGACCAGAACUGUUAUAAAUACUGCAGGACAUUCGCCCAAUAACCUUUGUUAGCAUUCUUGGAAAAAUCAUUGUAAUAGCUUCUUUAGGUGUCAGUGGCUUGCUCAGGUAGUCUUUUUUUAAGAGGCAGUAUAACUGUCAUGACAUUUUCCCAUCGGCUUUGAAAGGAAUGGUUUCCAUAUUCCAAGUUGUUCACACAAGAAUUCAGCUGGACUGCUCCAUGGUUGUAUAGGCCUGGCCUUUCCAGCUGGCCUUCUGAAUGGUUGUAUACAGUGCAUUCGGGAAGUAUUCAGACCCCUUCACUUUUUCCACAUUGUUACGUUACAGCCUUAUUCUAAAAUGGAUUAAAUGAAUGCUUUCCCUCAACAAUCUACACACAAUACCCCAUAAUGACAAAGCGAAAACAGGUCUUUAGACAUUUUUGCAAAUGUAUAAAAAAUAAAAAACAGAUACCUUAUGUACAUAAGUAUUCAGACCCUUUGCUAUGAGACUUGAAAUUGAGCUCAACUUGAUUGAAGUCCACCUGUGGUAAAUUCAAUUGAUUGGACAUGAUUUGGAAAGGCACACAGCUGUCUAUAUAAGGUCCCACAGUUGACAGUGCAUGUCAGAGCAAAAACCAAGCCAUGAGGUCAAAGGAAUUGUCCGUAGCGCUCCGAGACAGGAUUGUGCCGAGGCACAGAUCUGUGGAAAGGUACCAAAACAUUUCUGCAGCAUUGAAGGUCCCCAAGAACACAGUGGCCUCAAUCAUUCUUAAAUGGAAGAAGUUUGGAACCACCAAGACUCUUCCUAGAGCUGGCUGCCCGGCCAAACUGAGCAAUCGGGGGAGAAGGGCCUUGGUCAGGGAGGUGACCAAGAACCUGAUGGUUACUCUGACAGAGCUCCAGAGUUCCCCUGUGGAGAUGUGAGAACCUUCCAGAAGGACAACCAUCUCUGCAGCACUCCACCAAUCAGGCCUUUAUGGUAGAGCGGCCAGACGGAAGCUACUACUCAGUAAAAGGCACAUGACAGCCCGCUUGGAGUUUGCCAAAAGGCACCUAAAGGACUUUCAGACCAUGAGAAGCAAGAUUUUCUGGUCUGAUGAAACCAAGAUUGAACUCUUUGCCUGAAUGCCAAGUUUCACGUCUGGAGGAAACCUGGCACCAUCCCCACGGUGAAGUAUGGUGGUGGCAGCAUCAUGCUCUGUGGAUGUUUUUCAGCGGCAGGGAUUGGGAGACUAGUCAGGAUUGAGGGAAUGAUGAAUGGAGCAACGUACAGCGAGAUCCUUGAUGAUAACCUGCUCCAGAGCACUCAGGACCACAGACUGGGGCGAAGGUUUACCUUCCAACAGGACAACAAUCCUAAGCACACAGCCAAGACAACGCAGGAGUGGCUUCGGGACAAGUCUCUGAAUGUCCUUGAGUGGCCCAGCCAGAGCCCGGACUUGAAGCCGAUCUGGAGAGACCUGAAAAAUAGCUGUGCAGCGACGCUCCCCAUCCAACCUGACAGAGCUUGAGAGGAUCUGCAGAGAAGAAUGGGAGAAAUUCCCCACAGCUGGCCUUCUCAUGGUUGUAUAGGCCUACCCACGGAGGCAACACCGAUAAAGCAUGAUGGCAAAAUGAAAAAUGAAAAACAAAACUUAAGUGCUGUGAGCUGGUGACACUCUGGCCCUAAAAGUAGUCCAAAUAAACAUUCAGUACUAUAUCUGUAUUAUUAUUUGCUGUUGACAUUCAGAAACUCUGGCUGAAUUGGAGCUGGUAGGAAAGACACUCUGGUUGAAUUGGAGCUGGUAGGAAAGACACUCUGGUUGAAUUGGAGCUGGUAGGAAAGACACUCUGGUUGAAUUGGAGUUGGUAGGAAAGACACCCUGUUGAAUUGGAGCGGUAGAAAGACACUCUGGUUGAAUUGGAGUUGGUAGGAAAGACACUCUGGUUGAAUUGGAGCCGGUAGGAAAGACACUCUGGUUGAAUUGGAGCCGGUAGGAAAGACACUCUGGUUGAAUUGGAGCUGGUAGGAAAGACACUCUGGUUGAAUUGGAGCUGGUAGGAAAGACACUCUGGUUGAAUUGGAGCCGGUAGGAAAGACACUGGUUGAAUUGGAGCUGGUAGGAAAGACACUCUGGUUGAAUUGGAGCUGGUAGGAAAGACACUCUGGUUGAAUUGGAGCCGGUAGGAAAGACACUCUGGUUGAAUUGGAGCUGGUAGGAAAGACACUCUGGUUGAAUUGGAGCUGGUAGGAAAGACACUCUGGUUGAAUUGGAGCCGGUAGGAAAGACACUCUGGUUGAAUUGGAGCUGGUAGGACAGACACUCUGGUUGAAUUGGAGCGGUAGGAAAGACACUCUGGUUGAAUUGGAGCGGUAGGAAAGACACUCUGGUUGAAUUGGAGGGGAAGCCGGUUGAAUUGGAGCUGGUAGGAAAGACACUCUGGUUGAAUUGGAGCUGGUAGGAAAGACACUCUGGUUGAAUUGGAGCUGGUAGGAAAGACACUCUGGUUGAAUUGGAGCUGGUAGGAAAGACACUCUGGUUGAAUUGGAGCUGGUAGGAAAGACACUCUGGUUGAAUUGGAGCUGGUAGGAAAGACACUCUGGUUGAAUUGGAGUUGGUAGGAAAGACACUCUGGUUGAAUUGGAGUUGGUAGGAAAGACACUCUGGUUGAAUUGGAGCCGGUAGGAAAGACACUCUGGUUGAAUUGGAGCUGGUAGGAAAGACACUCUGGUUAAAUUGGAGCUGGAAGGAAAUAAAUGGGUCACAUCUCUCUUGUUUACUGUUACAGGGAUGUUGACGUUGUCAUUAACUUAUUGACUGUUACAGACCUCUUGAUGAGCUAUUGGGUAAAAGUGCGGUCUAUGCAGUAGUGAUGUUUAUCUUGUAAAAUUAGUGUGCAUUUCGACUUCCCAGGUGGCGCAGCGGUCUAAGGCACUGUAUCGCAGUGCUAGAGGCGUUACUACAGACCCGGGUUCAUUCCCGGGCUGUGCCACAACCGACCGUGGCCGGGAGUCCCAUAGGACGGCGCACAAUUGGCCCAAAGUCAUCCGGGUUAGGGGAGGGUUUGGCCGGUGGGGCUUUACUUGGCUCAUCGCGCUCUAGCGAUUCCUUGUGGCGGGCCGGGUGCCUGCAGGCUGACCCCGGUCGCCAGUUGAACAGUUGUUUCCUCCGACACAUUGGUGCGGCUGGCUUCCGGGUUAAGCUGGUGGGUGUUAAGGAGCGCGGUUAGGCGGAUCAUGUUUCGGAGGACGCACGACUCCACCUUCGCCUCUCCCAAGCCCGUUGGGCAGUUACAGCGAUGAGACAAGAUCAAAAAAGGGGGUAAAAUACAAAAAAUAAAAUAAUUCUAUGUGCAUUUCGUUACCCUCUUGCCAGAAACAGUCAACCCUGUCAUUUUUCGAGUGAAACAUUUUGGAGUCAGUUUACCUUGAAGUCUGCUGUCUGAAGGCUGGUUUGCCAGUUCAGGGCUUCCCUCUGAAGACGUGUAACCAGGACCAGUGCUUGUUGCGUCACUCAGGACUUCCAACGCACUUGGUUAUCUUUCUUCUCUGUCAUUUCCACUAACCAAGGAAACAGUGUGUUCAGUGAAUGCCUGCUUUUUACUUUUAUGGUUAUAACUAGUAAAUUACACAGUUUAGGCGACCUAUUACACUGCCUUAUCAGAAUAUAAGUUAGUAUUGUAGACCCGUUUUAUCAUUUAUAGUUGUAACUUGUAAUUGACACCGUUUACGCUACCUAGCUAUCACCUUAUCAGAAUCUAGACCAAUAAUACGCUACCUAGCUAUCACCUUAUCAGAAUCUAGACCAAUAAUACGCUACCUAGCUAUCGCCUUAUCAGAAUCUAGACCAAUAAUACGCUACCUAGCUAUCACCUUAUCAGAAUCUAGACCAAUAAUACGCUACCUAGCUAUCACCUUAUCAGAAUCUAGACCAAUAAUACGCUACCUAGCUAUCACCUUAUCAGAAUCUAGACCAAUAAUACGCUACCUAGCUAUCACCUUAUCAGAAUCUAGACCAAUAAUACGCUACCUAGCUAUCACCUUAUCAGAAUCUAGACCAAUAAUACGCUACCUAGCUAUCACCUUAUCAGAAUCUAGACCAAUAAUACGCUACCUAGCUAUCACCUUAUCAGAAUCUAGACCAGGGGUGUCAAACGUCCGGCCCGCGGGCCGGAUCAGGCCCGCAAACGGGUUUAAUCCGGCCCACGAGAUGAUUUUGACAAAAAAAAGAGUACAAAAUUUGUAAAGUAUAAAAAUGCGCUGCAAUUUUUCUAUAAAAUAAACUGCUGUUCCAAUUGCGUCCACUGAUGGCGCAAUAGCAAUUGUGUUAAGCAAGCAAACUGUUUAUACCGGGGCAGAGCAAGUAGGUCAAGCACGUGCAGCCAAUGAGCUACUUUGUUUUGCCCGCAAUAUUUAUUAUGGCUUCUACUUUUAACAUUAUGUGCUUUGGCACCCUCAUUGCCCCAAUAUGUCUCUGUCAAAAAAGAGAAAAGUGGACGCAGAGUGCAGAGUGUUCCAAGAAAAAUUGUCAUCCUAUUUAUUCACGGAAUUGAAUGGAAAGCUGUAUGUUUGGUGUGUUCAGAGCAUGUUGCAGUGCUGAAAGAAUAUAACCUUCGUCGCCACUAUGUGUCUUCAUGCCGACAAAUAUGACAACUUUCAAGGACAGCGGAGAUGAGAGAAGGUGAAUGAACUGUUGGCGGGUCUGAAGAAACAGCAGUCUGUGUUUACUCACAGCCGAGACAUCAGUGACGCUGCAGUGAAAGCUAGCUACCUCAUUGCUAAUGAAAUCGCAGUGGCUUCAAAACCAUUUAGUGAGGGUGAAUUUGUAAAAACAUGCAUGAUGAAGGCAGCGGAGAUUGUGUGCCCUGAAAAGCGUCAGGCUUUUGUAAAUAUCAGCCUGACAAGAAACACAGUUGCAGACAGGAUUUCCGAUCUUUCAGUGGAUUUGGACAGCCAGUUGAAGCAAAAAGUAAAGUCAUUUAUUGCGUUUUCGGUUGCAAUUGAUGAAAGCACGGACAUUACAGAUGUUGCACAACUGGCCAUUUUCAUCCGCGGAGUUGAUGACACAUUGACCGUCACCGAGGAGUUCGUGGAGUUGGUGCCGAUGACAGAUACAACGACAGCAGCUGAUAUUUUUACCGCACUCGUCGGCGCGCUGGACAGGGUCGGAGUGGACUGGUCCCGCGCUGUCAGCCUGGCUACAGAUGGUGCGCCCUCAAUGAUCGGGAAAAAAGCAGGCGUUGUGACAAAGUUCAGAGAGAAAGUGCAAUCUGCAAAUGGAGGACGUGAUUUUUUGACUUUUCACUGUAUUUUGCACCAGGAGGCUUUGUGUUGCAAGUCAUUAAAGAUGGAUAACGUCAUGAAGGUGGUCAUCCAAACUGUUAAUUUCAUCCGAUCCAGAAGCCUGAAUCACCGUCAGUUUGACAGCCUUCUCAGAGAGAAAGACCACAUCUAUGGCCUGCCAUACCACACUGAGGUAAGAUGGUUAAGCCGAGGUGCUGUGCGGAGGCGUUUCUUUGAUUUACGAGAAGAAAAUGAACAGUUCAUGGAAGAAAAGGGCAAACCAGUGUUAGAAUUUCAUUCCGCAGAAUGGAUGCAGGACCUAGCAUUUAUGGUGGAUGUUACAGAGCACCUGAAUAACUUGAACAAACAUCUGCAAGGGCGCAACAAAGUUGUCACGCAGUAUUAUGACAGCAUACGUUCUUUCAAGUUGAAGCUGUCAUUGUGGGAGACGCAACUUGCCGGUGGUGAUGCAGCUCACUUCCCCUGUCUGAAAAAUGUGUGCGCGACCCAACAUGUGGCAGACAUGAAGCGGUUCAAAGAUAAAAUAACGGGACUGUUACGGGAGUUUGAGCAACGCUUUCAGAUUUAUGUUUAUAUGUUUUUAUGUUGAUGUGCUAUUGUUUUUAAUUGAUUUUAUUUUAUUUGUAUAUUUAACCUAUUCUUGACUCUGUGGUUCUUGCACUUGUUUGGGGAACAGGAUCUCAUUAUUCUUAUCUACAUUUCUGCCUGAGAAAUGACACCCUGAUAUAGUUCUGUGAUAUACUUCUGUGAAUCACUGAGGCAUUGUGUGUUUGUGUGUUCUUUGUCCUCAGAACUUUCAAAUAACUUGAGGUGUUUUAUGAUUAAUAGUGAUGUUGUGCUUUUGGACACUGUCCUCAGGCUCCAGCUUUAUGUUUAUAUGUUUUUAUGUUGUGCUAUUGUUUUUAAUUGUUUUUAUUUUAUUUGUAUAUUUAACCUAUUCUUGACUCUGUGGUUCUUGCACUUGUUUGGGGAACAGGAUGUCAUUAUUUUUAUCUACAUUUCUGCCUGAGAAAUGACACCCUGAUAUAGUUCUGUGAUCUGUGAAACAGUUCUGUUAAUCACUGAGGCAUUGUGUGUUUGUGUGUUCUUUUUCUUUAGAAUUUUCAAAUAAACUUGACGUGUUUUAUGAUUAAUAGUGAUGUUGUGCUUGUACUAUUUUGGACACACUGUCCUCAGGCUCCAGCUUUAUGUUGUAUGUUGAUCGUAUUAAAACAAAGAAAACAAUCUGAAGUUGUUGUUUUUAAGUUAUAUAUACCAUGAUUUUUCCAGUCCGGCCCACUUGGGAAUAGAUUUUCCUCCAUGUGGCCCCUGAGCUAAAAUGAGUUUGACACCCCUGAUCUAGACCAAUAAUACGCUACCUAGCUAUCACCUUAUCAGAAUCUAGACCAAUAAUACGCUACCUAGCUAUCACCUUAUCAGAAUCUAGACCAAUAAUACGCUACCUAGCUAUCACCUUAUCAGAAUCUAGACCAAUAAUACGCUACCUAGCGAUCACCUUAUCAGAAUCUAGACCAAUAAUACGCUACCUAGCUAUCACCUUAUCAGAAUCUAGACCAAUAAUACGCUACCUAGCUAUCACCUUAUCAGAAUCUAGACCAAUAAUACGCUACCUAGCUAUCACCUUAUCAGAAUCUAGACCAAUAAUAGCUGGAGCUCCUUGAACAUUGCCAUUUGUUUUUCGGGGUAAUUAAAUGUACUUGUCAAUUUAUCACUGCAAUUCAUCAACAUCACGAUUACCAACAAAUGUCCAUUUGUUUCUUCCAAUUCCUCUCCCUGUGUAGGUGGGGUCGAGGAUUUGGACUGUUGGGCUCGAUCUUCGGAAACGACAGUGCAAUGAACCAGCCAAACAGUGUCUACGGAAUUGUAUUUUAUGUCUUUCAACUGUUACUA